AUGAAACCUUCAAUUUUCAAUUUCGCAGCCAUGGUUGGUUUAGCAGCCAAUGUGGUUGCAAGAGAUAUCACUGAAGAUACUAUUCAACGUGGUACCAUUAGUUUGGCUAUUGAAAACUAUCACAUCUAUCCUGAUGCUUACUGGUCCAUUAUUGAUAACACCUUAACAACUAUAGCAGGUAACGUCAAUAAUGAAGGUCAAUUUUUCAUUUCUGCCGAUGAUAAUUUCUUGUUUGGUUUGGAUGUUAAUAUUAUUCAGCUUUUGGGUAGCUUCCAAAACAGUGGUGAUGUUGCUUUCAACUCGAGUAGAACAGUCUUCGCUCCUGAUUAUGAUAUCAAUGUGGGUACUUUCACUAACACUGGUAAUAUGUGGUUUGGUGCUGAUGGUUCCGUUGGUACGCCAACAAUGAGUGUAACUGCUGGAAAUUGGGAAAAUGAUGGUUUAAUGGUGUUUUCUUUAGCAUCAAGAAGUCAAGGGGUUGUCCAAUUGGGUGCCGUUAUUGGUUCUGGUUUUGGUGAUAUUACUAAUGAUGGUACUAUCUGUUUAAUCAACCAAGCUUAUCAACAAUCAACAGCCAUUCAAGGUAGUGGUUGUAUCGAUGUUGGUACCGAUUCUAAUGUUUAUUUGUCAGGAGCUAUUGGUAGUCUUACCAAUGGUGUUAGUCAAGACCAAACUUUCUAUUUAAGUUCAUCAAGUUCAUCCAUCAGAGCAGAUUCUCUCUCAACCAGUCAAACAUUCCAUGUUGCAGGUUUUGGUGGAGGAAAUGUUAUUGGGCUCAGUAGUACUAUUUUGAGAGUUCAAUAUACCGGUGAUACUUUAAGACUUUACACUUCCCUUCUUCCUGCAAUUUAUCAAAGUUUUGUUAUCGGUACUGGUUACGAUGCUGAUGGUUUCACUACUAUUUCCACCACUUAUGGUUAUAUCGGUAGUUCUUUCCCACUCUUGAAUGCAGUUAGGUACUCAGGUGCUAUUCCUGCUUCAGCUGCCAAACCAGCCAAAUGUUUGACUUGUCAAGCUUUCCCAUUGGUGCCAGGUAUUGAUAUUGAUAAUAGUUCAAGUAUGAGUUCCAGUGAAUCAUCAGCUUCCAGUGAAGAAUCAUCCGCUUCUAGUGAAUCAUCUGCCUCAAGUGAAGAAUCAUCAGCUUCCAGCGAAUCAUCUGCCUCAAGUGAAAAAUCAUCAGCUUCUAGUGAAGAAUCUUCUGCUUCUAGUGAAGAAUCAUCAGCCUCAAGUGAAGAAUCUUCUGCUUCUAGUGAAGAAUCAUCAGCUUCUAGUGAAGAAUCAUCAGCCUCAAGUGAAGAAUCAUCAGCUUCAAGUGAAGAAUCAUCUGCUUCCAGCGAAUCAUCUGCCUCAAGUGAAGAAUCAUCAGCUUCUAGUGAAGAAUCUUCUGCUUCUAGUGAAGAAUCAUCAGCUUCUAGUGAAGAAUCUUCUGCUUCUAGUGAAGAAUCAUCAGCCUCAAGUGAAGAAUCUUCUGCUUCU